GGGGGGUCAGAGGCCGGAAGAGGACCCCCACGUUGCUAUUCUCCUUGCAUUUCAAGGGAGGGGUGCCUUUGCAUCCGGAUUUUCCCAGGACCGUGUCUGUGCUUGGGAAAAUACUAAGCGCUGCCCCCUUUCCUGGGUGCAGUCCGGGGGGGGGGGCUGAGUUAGGAGGUAACUUUCCGGGGGGGGGAGAGCCCGAGUGCAGGCGGUGGCUCCUCUAAUGGGACUCGUGUCCAGCGCGGAGGGGGGCAGCUGCCGGGCUUUGUUUCUGUUGGGGAGAAAAGCAGAAAUCAAAGCCCUUGCGCCAGCCCGAGCGCUGCGACCGGGCGGUGGUUUUGAUUUGUCAAAUGUCCUCGGCGACACGGGAAGUCGCGCGGCCGGGAUGCUUUUUUGGCACGGGCCUCUGCCAAACCCAGUGACAGACGUUCUCUUUUCUUUUCUUUUUGUGUCUUUUAUUUCCCCCCCAGUACUAUGAAAUGUCUUAUGGGUUGAACAUUGAAAUGCACAAACAGACGGAAAUCGCGAAAAGGCUGAACACGAUCCUGGCUCAGAUCAUGCCGUUCCUGUCGCAAGAGCACCAACAGCAGGUGGCCCAGGCUGUUGAGCGUGCCAAGCAGGUGACGAUGACCGAGCUGAAUGCUAUCAUCGGGGUACGUGGACUUCCCAAUCUGCCUCUCACCCAACAGCAGCUCCAGGCACAGCACCUCUCUCACGCCGCUCACGGGCCCCCGGUCCAGCUGCCGCCUCACCCCUCCGGCCUGCAGCCGCCAGGGAUCCCCCCCGUCUCCGGGAGCAGCUCGGGGCUGCUCGCGCUGGGUGCGCUCGGCAGCCAGGCACACUUGACCGUCAAAGACGAGAAGAACCAUCACGACUUGGAUCACAGAGAGCGAGACUCCAGCGCAAAUAACUCUGUCUCGCCGUCGGACAGCUUGAGAGCCAGCGAGAAGCACCGGAGCUCCACGGACUACAGCAUCGACUCCAAGAAGCGGAAAGCCGAGGAGAAGGACAGCAUGAGCCGAUACGACAGCGACGGCGACAAGAGCGAUGACCUGGUGGUUGACGUCUCCAACGAGGAUCCCGCCACGCCGCGCGUCAGCCCGGCCCACACCCCCCCGGAGAACGGGAUCGACAAAACCCGGGGGCUGAAGAAAGACGCACCGAACAGCCCCGCCUCGGUGGCCUCCUCCAGUAGCACCCCCUCGUCCAAGACGAAAGACCUGGGCCACAACGACAAGUCGUCGACGCCGGGGCUCAAGUCCAACACUCCCACGCCGCGCAACGACGCUCCCACGCCCGGGACCAGCACGACCCCCGGCCUCCGGCCCAUGCCGGGAAAGCCCACGGGCAUGGACCCCCUGGGUAGGUUGCUUCGGAGUCGGUGCCGGGCUGUGGGGGGAGUCCAGGCCUCGCUGGCGUCAGCCCUGCGGACGCCCAUCUCCAUAGCAGGCUCCUAUGCAGCCCCCUUCGCCAUGAUGGGGCACCACGAGAUAAACGGGUCCCUCACCAGCCCGGGAGCCUACGCCGGGCUCCACAACAUCCCUCCCCAAAUGACGGCGGCCGCCGCUGCCGCCGCUGCCUACGGUCGAUCGCCAAUGGUGAGCUUUGGAGCUAGGCCCGUGCGGCAGCCGGCGUGUCCUGUCGCAGCCCAGCAGUCCAGGGAAGGUGCCCCCGUCCCUGGAUAUCCGUCCCCUCUCGGCACGGUAGCCGCCUCGCUCUCUGCUAGUGCAUGGGGGAAGCGGUCGGGUUUCACGCGGUGGCCGGCGUGUGACGCGCCUCGUGUCUGCUCGCAGGUCGGCUUCGACCCCCACCCGCCCAUGCGGGCGCCCGGACUCCCCACCAGCCUCAGCUCCAUUCCCGGCGGGAAACCAGCCUACUCCUUCCACGUCAGCGCGGACGGCCAGAUGCAGCCAGUGCCCUUUCCCCACGACGCCCUGGCCGGCCCCGGCAUCCCACGGCACGCCCGGCAGAUCAACACGCUGAGCCACGGUGAGGUGGUGUGCGCCGUGACCAUCAGCAACCCCACCCGGCACGUGUAUACCGGUGGGAAGGGGUGCGUGAAGAUCUGGGACAUCAGCCAGCCCGGCAGCAAGAGCCCCAUCUCGCAGCUGGAUUGCCUGAACAGAGAUAACUACAUCCGCUCCUGCAAGCUGCUGCCCGACGGGCGCACGCUGAUCGUGGGAGGGGAGGCCAGCACGCUGACCAUCUGGGACCUGGCCUCCCCGACGCCGCGCAUCAAGGCCGAACUGACCUCCUCCGCUCCAGCCUGCUACGCCCUGGCCAUCAGCCCCGACGCCAAGGUCUGCUUCUCCUGCUGCAGUGACGGCAACAUCGCUGUGUGGGAUCUCCACAACCAGACGCUAGUCAGGCAAUUCCAAGGGCACACAGACGGUGCAAGCUGCAUAGACAUCUCGCACGACGGUACAAAAUUGUGGACGGGGGGGCUGGACAACACUGUGCGUUCCUGGGACCUGAGGGAAGGAAGGCAGCUCCAGCAGCACGACUUUACUUCCCAGAUCUUCUCGCUGGGCUACUGCCCGACCGGGGAGUGGCUGGCGGUGGGCAUGGAGAGCAGCAACGUGGAGGUGCUGCACCACACCAAGCCGGACAAGUACCAGCUGCACCUGCACGAGAGCUGCGUCCUGUCGCUGAAGUUCGCCUACUGUGGUAAAUGGUUUGUGAGCACGGGGAAAGACAACCUGCUCAAUGCCUGGAGAACUCCCUAUGGGGCCAGCAUCUUCCAGUCGAAAGAAUCCUCAUCUGUCUUGAGUUGUGACAUUUCAGCGGAUGACAAAUACAUUGUAACAGGCUCUGGUGACAAGAAGGCCACAGUCUACGAGGUCAUCUAUUAAACACGGAUUUUAACGGGGCUGUCAACUCUGAAUAUCAGGCUGCAGCCUGACAACACAAUGGCGAGGCUCUGAAGGAUGGAGGGGAAAUGAAAGCCGACCAGCCAUGCAUUGAGACAUUGUUUUCUGCUGGGCGGUCCCCGAAGCCUCGGAGAGGAUGCAUUUAAAGCUGAGUCUAUACUGCAGAUGGACUGAUGAUGUAUGGAUUGCUUUGAAGGCCUGCAAAGAUGCACACGUCAGAGCCCUAAACAGAUUCUGGUUUGGUUUGGGGGCUUGGUUUUCCCCCCCGCCCCACCCCUUUAUUUUAUUUUAUUUUUUUUGGUUCUUUUGUCUGCGCUUUGGUGGCACUAUAAAGGACUUAUUUUUUAUCGUGACUUUUUUUUUUUCUUUUUUGGUGCGCGCUGCAUAAGACUUGUGAAAAGUGUAAAUAAAGGACUCGUACCUAGAAUCGGAAGGGUGGGGGAAUCCUCCUGGUACACUAGUUGUGUAUUUUUUAUUUUAUUUUUUUUUUGUCUGCUGUAAUUGUAUUCCACUGAUGGUUUGGUGGUGGCAAAGUUCCCCUUCUUCCCCCCGCCCCCAUCCCCUCCCAGCCUUCACCUCCCCAUUUGGGGCACUUCUUUGACAUGCAGCUUGUAACCAGGUUGAGCAAAGAUGUCCACUGGUGAAGUUGUUCCUACUGUUGUAUAUGUGAAUUGUCCAGCGUGUUAGUCCCAUGUUUGAACACUGUACGGACUGAAGUCAAAUUGGUCAGAUCUUCAGCUACUGAUGCGACAUCAGCAAAAACAAUCAUGUUUUUAUAUGGAUUUUUUUUUUUUGUGCUCAUAUGUUUGAAGAAAACGGGAAGUCCACCUUCUGCAAUGCUUCUGCUCAAGCCCUUCUUGAUCUUUGGACAUAAACAACGAGGAAUAAUUUCAAAGAAAGCAUAGUUUAAAAAAAAAAAAAAAAAAAUCAGCUCAGGGAGCCAUGAAAGAUAAUAGCAACUUAAGUGUUUUGUAUUCAAAUGAAAGUAAAGAAUUAGAAUUGAUAACCUUUAAAAUACAUUUUUUUUUUUUUAAAGUUUACUAACCGGUAGGGUUUGUGUGUGGUGGGGGAAGGGGUGGGGGGCUGUCUCCAGUAGGGCUCUGUGGCUUUUACGGUCUUGUGACUUCUGGCGUAUAGGUUUCAACGAAGCAAAACCCAUCCCCACACAGGCCUGCGUUUUCAGCGUUUUGUACUAAAGGGUAAAAAAUGAAUAAAUAAUGGAAAAUAAAAAGUAUUUGUGUAGCAGACGUGCUCACCCUGUAUUGUAGCAUACGGAAGAGAAUUUUUAUACUACAUUUUUAUGGAUUAUUUUUUAAUUUUUGAUUUUAAUCUGGUCAAAAAAUAAUUAGGGUUAAGGUGAAGAAAGAAGAAGAAAAAAAAACUACCUGUUUUAAAUGCAUUGAUAAUACAAAAGGAUGAUAAUGUAGAGAUACUCUUUACCUUUCUGUUCUUGGAUGUAUGUUCAGCAUCAAGGCAGUAUCCCAAGUUCUCCGCGGUACCCUCCAGCUGUGGCAAUGGGUUGGGAUGGAGCAGAUGAGAGGUGAAAAUCAAUUUUAUGGGAUUUUCUUUUCGGUGUUUAAGAUGUGAUGGGGGUUUUUUUGCUCAUGACUCAAAUGAGGGAAACCUCAAAGGCAAAAGCAUGCACCUGACCUGACUGGGAAAUAGGCGCCUGUGAGUCUGAGAGCCUUGCGCUGUAGCACAAAAGCUUGGGACUUGAUUUACCCUGUGCAUUAUGUAUUGGAAAAGCACUGGCCUAGGAAAACGCUUUUAAAACCUGCAUUGCUGGGUUUGGUUUUGUGAUUUUUGGAGGGCGGCUGUGUCAAGAAAAAUGACUGUGAAACCAACACCAUCCCCAGUGGAUGCGCAGAUGCAGUCAGCGCUGCUUAGUUUAAUGACUGCAUCGUUUGACUGCUUCGGGCUCUGUGCUGACCUGGCUGCUUUUAAUAACCAGCUUAUCAACACAGCGAUGAGCUACGGCUGGGUUUGCAUGGGAAGAGCUUUUUCCAGUCCACACUCAGGGCUGCAGCAGAGACUAGCAUAUCCGCUGAGGAUUUGUGGUGCUUCCCACCCUAGACUCACCCCCAGGAGCUGAAUGGGGUGAGGGCGGUAUAUAAUCUCCUAGCUUUUAAACACACGUGUGGAAGCCCAUGGAGGAACACCCCCCAAGGGGGUCCCACAAAUAUCCCUUUUGCAGUCAUUUUUCAGAGUAGUAACCUGCCCUGGAUGGCUCAUAUGCCGGGGAUGGCACAGGAUCAGACAGCCGUGAACUUUGCAGUGGGGGAGCUCCCACUCUCACGCGCUGCUGUCCCGAGCGCUUUCUUGGUUGCAAGGUGGUGCUUUUCUAAAAAAUGCAUAAAUAAAGCAAAAGGUAAAAAA